AUGAAGCUGCAAGAUAGAACGCUGCAAAAGAACCAGAUGAAGGGUCUACAUCAAUUCAUUGUUGACUUGAGAAAUUCCAAGGAUCAAGAGGAAGAAUACAAGAAAAUUCGUACUGAGGCAAAUAGUAUUCAAAAUAAAUUUCAAUCCACCACGUUGAACAACUAUCAAAAGAAAAAGUACAUUUGCAAAUUGAUCUAUAUAUUUAUUCUGGGCUAUUCCGACUUGGUCAACUAUGGGUUGAAUGAGUCCAUCGAGUUGAUAAAAUCCAACACUUUCAGUGAGAAGAAAUUAGGUUAUCUUGCCGUUGCUAUACUUUUGAAUAAUGAGAGCCCGAAUACCAAAGCUUUGUUCACUUCUAAAGAACAUUUGAAUCAUACAUUGGAAGUUACUCAUCCUUACCUAGUACAAGACCUACGAUCUACAGAUGAAGAAGUCAAUUGCUUAGCGAUACAGAUGAUUGCAACAUGUUUUACAGUGUCAGACACCACGAUUUAUGACGGCGACGGUAAUGCGAUGCAAUGGAUAGAACUCAUUGAUGCCAUUUUUGCUUCUGCAACAUCUCCAUUGCAGAAACCUGUUGUUAAACAAAAAGCAUUGAUCACCUUAAAGUCACUUCUUCAGUUAUAUCCCGAGGUCAUCAUAAAAAAUAACAAUUGGAUUCCUCGCUUGUUGAAGAUAAUGGAGGAGUCAAAAGAUAUCGGAGUUGUAACUUCAGUUGUACCUUUACUAGACUAUAUCUUGACCAUUAGACCACAAAUUGUUAGGUCAGUGCUUCCUUCUGUUGCACAGAGACUAUACUCUUUGAUAGUAUUGAAUGAGUGUCCCCCAGAGUACUACUACUACGACACUCCGGCUCCUUGGCUCAUUGUAAAGCUUUUGCAAUUUGUGGAGAACAACUUUUUAGUGUCUAGUGAUGGGAUACAAUUUUCAGUGGACAAGAUCGAUGGUGCCACUUUGAACCAACUUCGUCAAAUUGUAUCCAAGUCUAUUCAAAAUGCAUCCCAUCACAUAAAAGGCCUACCGAACAGAAACUCAAGAAGCUCCAUCUUGUUUCAGGCAGUCUCAUUGGCUGUAUUUUUGGAGGCUUCUCCUGAAGCUAUCGCUGGUGCAUCCAAUGCACUUUUAAAUCUCAUUAUGUCCCAUGAUACCAACACCAGAUAUCUAGCUCUUGAUGCGUUGAUAAAGCUCACUGCGAGACUGGAGUCACCUUACUUAUCCUCGAAGGACAAGUUUGGAGAAAUUUUGCCCGUUUUUAUCAACUUACUCAAGGAUAAAGACAUAUCUGUGCGAAGAAAAGCAUUGGACUUGCUUUACACUAUCUGCAAUGAUGACACAUACUCAGUUAUUUUGAAUGAGUUGUUGCUCUACUUCCCUCAUGCUGACCAGCAAAUGAAACAGGAGUUGGCUAUAAAAAUUGCUGUCUUGGCAGAGCAAUUUGCAACGGAUUCUACGUGGUAUGUCACUACAACGCUUAAGCUACUCUCCAUUGGAGGCGGUUCUAAUGCUAAUGGCGUCGGAUUUAUUAGUAAUGAAGUGUGGGAAAGAAUUGUGCAAAUAGUAGUGAACAAUGAUGAUUUGCACAAGAAAACAGCCAAGAUGAUUAUCAACUUGAUGAAGAAACCAUUUGGCGAUUCGCAUUCUCCUGUAUCGGAAUAUUUGAUCAAGGUGGCUGCGUUUGUACUAGGUGAAUUUGGACACGAGGUAGACGACGCCAACGACAGCAAUAUUGGCGUGCAAUUUCGCUUACUUUAUGACGCUUAUUUUGGUGUUUCAAUCUCCACUAGAGCAAUGUUGUUGAGCACCUAUCUCAAGUUUCUCGUCAAGUUCCCCGAAGCUGACUUUGUUCCAGAAAUCGUUGACUUGUUUGAAGUAGAAACGCAAUCAUUAGACUUGGAGAUUCAAGGUAGAGCAUACGAAUACUUGAAGUUGUCAACGGUACAUUCAGACUUUAGGUUGGCCAAGACUGUGAUCAAACCUAUACCUGCAUUCAACCAACAGGAAAGUCCAUUGCUCAAAAGACUUGGAGUUUUGGCAAACCGCCCUGGUGUUAGUAGAUCUAAAUCGAGAGUGUUGGCAAGGAAUAUCAAAACCAAACCAGCGAAUGGUUUCAAUAAUGGUAUCACUGAAGGGGAUGUCAGUGCAAAAAAGAGUAGUGCCUUGACUACCAAUUGGUACUCUGGCUUCCAUAGAUUGCUCCAUUUUGAUGCUGGAAUAUUCUUCGAAAACAAUCUCAUCAAGAUUACUUAUAGGUUGGUGAAAAAUGGGAAUGAAUUUGUCAUUCAAUUCACCGUUGUCAACAACGCUCACAAAACCGUUGGCGAGACCAUCACUGGAUUUAAUAUCCUUAAUCUUGAAUCGAUGGCAAAGAAGGAAGACCCUAGCUAUUUACUUAGAAUAUUGCAAGUCCCCGAAUCCACCAUUGAAAAUCAAAGCCAAAUGGAUAUAAGUAUAAAAGUCAGAGGCGUGGUCGAAAAUCACGAAGACCCAAUUAUCUCCAUCACCUUUAUGUGUGGCGGCUCUUUUAACCAUUUGAGUUUGAAAUUCCCUGUUCAGCUUAUAAAGACCCUCACUUCUGCCCCCAUUCGAGGAGCAGAUGAGUUUGAAAAAAGAUGGGGUCAAAUUGGUGAGCAUUUAGGACUCGAAAGAGGUGAGAGUAGCGUUGUUGUGCACUUGUCACAUAGACACGAUGCAGCACAAAUCUGUCGCUCCUUAUCUAGGAUAGGGUUUACUGCUCUUACUGAAUCCAAUCACGGUAUUGACGUUAUUGGCGCGGGAAUCAUUCACACCCAAAAGUCAAAUUAUGGAGUUCUUGUCAAAUUGCUAGGCUUGGAUACAGAGGGUAAAGAGUUAAAGAUAUCGGUGAGGUGCACUGGUGGUGGGGUGGCAGAAAUAAUUGCAUCCACAAUGGAGGAGAUUUUUGUAGGUAAAUACCACUAA